AGGCGGGCGUGGUGACGUCACGACACAGGUGACGCAAACGCGACAUUGCCUCGGUACUUCCGGCGUGCCGUUGCUGGUUCCGGUCUUGUGCUCGGCCUCUUGUUUCAGGAAAGGGUCGCGAUGGCGAUGCAAGCAGCGAAACGGGCGAACAUUCGUUUGCCUCCGGAAGUGAACCGCAUCUUGUAUAUAAGAAAUUUGCCAUACAAAAUAACUGCAGAAGAAAUGUAUGAUAUAUUUGGGAAAUAUGGACCAAUCAGGCAAAUCAGAGUAGGAAAUACACCUGAGACAAGAGGAACCGCAUACGUAGUGUAUGAAGAUAUUUUUGAUGCCAAGAAUGCUUGUGACCACUUAUCUGGAUUCAAUGUGUGCAACAGAUAUCUUGUAGUUUUAUACUACAAUGCAAACAGGGCUUUCCAAAAGAUGGAUACAAAGAAAAAGGAAGAGCAACUCAAAAUUCUCAAGGAAAAGUAUGGAAUCAAUACUGAAACAAAAUGAACCAUUGGGUUUUAUUUUUUAAUUUUGCAUUGUAAAUACUGUUGAAAGGGCUUUUGAACAUUUCUUAUAACUCAGCAAUUUGGAUAAAUCUCGCCAAGUUUAAGAAAACCAUUUACUUAAAAUAGCAAAAUGGGUGGUUAUUGUUUUAAAUGUCGUGCCAUUCAUUUUGGCUUUAAACUAUAGUUCAACCAUCAAAAAUAUGUCAAGUCUGUAUAACUACUUCUUGAUUUAAAGCAUAGUACAGUUAAGUUGAAAUGGAAAUUAUAGUUUUGUAUUUGCAAAAAUUUCUAAUGGGGCUGUACAACAGUUACCAUAGUGAUUCAAGUCAUUUCUGUUUUUCACUGUCAAAUAUGUGCACGUUUUUGAAAACUUGUUUAUGUACAUUAAACUGUAAAAUAGUUUUAAA